UUUCAGCGCUGGGAGCGUGCGUAUUGGCUGGGCUGUUUGAGACUCGGUGCCAAAUAGGUGGGCCCUCUGCAUGUUGGCACAGACUCAGUCAAUGGUUAGAGAAGGAAAGUGGAGAGGAAGAGAGAAAGAGAGAGACAGAGUUGGAGAGAAAGAGGGGGAAAAAAGAAGCUGCACUCGGGUUUGCCAGCGGUCGUGCACACUCUUCCAACAUUGAUCCGGUCCUCUUGUUUUGUUUUUUUUUUCUUCUCCUCCGUCCGCACCCCCCUUGUUCAGCUCUCUCUCUCUCUCUCCCUCUCCGUGAGUCUUAUGCAGAUCCUGGAGAAUUGAACCAAUAGCACGCGUCGCUUUGCCAAGCUUUUUUUUUUGUUGUUGUUGUUUUCAUCAAGAUAAUUUUUUCUACAUAUUUUUGCAAACGAACAAAGAGGCUUGUUUAGGUUUUUGACAAUUUCAUCCUUUUUGCUGCGAUAUCUGUUUUAUUUUGUUCGUGCACAUCCAGCUCUUGUUAAAAUCCUUUUAGACAGAGAGAUUGCUGAACUUCUCCUCACUCUCCUUCUGUUGUGCUCUUGAACAGCAUCUCUUCUACAGCUCCUGCUACAGUACCUCCUGUGUUCCUGUGUUGGUAUUACACUGCGCCCCCUUGGCCUGUCUCCUCUUUCUCAGCUUUUUUCCCCCCUGCUGCUUUUAUUGGACAGUUUCUCAGCUUCACUUUUUGCUAAUUUUUUUUCCUCAGUCUUUUGUUUUGUAAAAUACGCAGCAUAACUUCAGAUCCUUGUGACUCGAACAAUCCAGUUACUGUCCUGGUGGCGCAUUUUAAGUUUCUUUGCAAUCGGCGGAUUGAAUUUAUGAUGAGAGAGCAAAAUGGAUGAAUUCCACCCCUUCAUCGAGGCCCUGCUGCCCCAUGUCCGCGCCUUCGCCUACACCUGGUUCAACCUGCAGGCCCGUAAGCGCAAAUACUUUAAGAAGCAUGAGAAGCGCAUGUCCAAGGAGGAAGAGCGCGCAGUGAAGGAUGAGCUGCUGGGGGAAAAGCCAGAGAUCAAGCAGAAGUGGGCCUCUCGCCUGUUGGCCAAGCUCCGCAAGGACAUCCGGCCUGAGUUCCGUGAGGACUUUGUGCUCACCAUCACGGGAAAAAAGCCCCCCUGCUGCGUGCUGUCCAACCCUGACCAGAAGGGCAAGAUCCGUCGCAUCGACUGCCUGCGCCAGGCUGACAAGGUGUGGCGGCUGGACCUGGUGAUGGUCAUCCUAUUCAAGGGCAGCCCCCUGGAGAGCACAGACGGGGAACGGCUGGUCAAGUCACCACAGUGCACCAACCCUGGCCUGUGCGUCCAGCCGCAUCACAUCGGAGUGUCCGUCAAGGAGCUGGACCUCUACCUGGCCUACUUCGUCCACACACCAGAAUCUGGACAAUCAGACAGCUCCAGCCAACAGGGCGACACAGACAUCAAACCACCGCCCAAUGGGCACCUGAGUUUCCAGGACUGCUUCGUCACCUCAGGGGUGUGGAACGUGGCGGAGCUAGUCAGGGUGUCACAGACUCCUGUAGCCACUGCGUCAGGUCCUAACUUCUCACUGGCUGACCUGGACAGCAGUCCCAGCUACUACAACAUCAACCAGGUGGCUCUCGGGCGACGCUCCCUCACCUCCCCUCCUUCCACCAGGUCUGAGGUGGAGUUGUACGCAAACCUUCCCAGGAGCUCCACCAAGAGGAAGUCAUUAGACGACAGUGAGCUGGAGAGCCCUACAGAUGAUGUUUUCUACCCUGGACGCUCGCCUGCUGCCAGCUCCUCCCAGUCCAGUGCAUGGCCCAACGACAUGGAUGCAGUGCAGCACCAUUUGGCGAGUGUGCAGGAGAGGAAGAUAAAACAUGAAAACGAUGGCGUGCAGUUUCCUUACCAUGGACUGUCCUCGCCUGGUUCACUUAAGAAGCCGGGGAAGUUUGAUUUCAACGCCCUGACUUCCCAGACGAGGUCCCCCCGCAUGGCGUUCACACACCACCCGCUGCCUGUGCUGGCAGGAGUGAGACCAGGGAGUCCCCGUGCCUCAGCCUCAGCCCUGCACUUCCCUUCCUCCUCUAUCAUCCAGCAGUCCAGCCCGUACUUCACCCACCCCACCAUACGCUACCAUCACCACCAGGACCCGCUUAAGGAGUUUGUGCAGUUUGUGUGCACCGAUGGCACAGGACAGCCCAGCGCACAGCCUAAUGGAGGUGGCCAGAGCAAAAUGCCGGGCUCCUUCCUGCUGCCUCCGCCACCCCCGGUGGCGCGCCCUGUGCCCCUCCCCAUGCCCGACUCUAAAAUCAUCAGCACGCCCACUGACGGCGGACUCAGCUCACCCGCAUCUCCGUCAUACUCCACGCCAGGCUCCACAGCUCCCAACCGGUUUGUCGGCAUCGGAACACGGGACAACUUUCUGAAUAUCCCCCAGCAGACUCAGUCCUGGUUCCUCUGACAAGGCCCCUCAGAAUCGAAAGCUAAAAUCGUGUCAUGAGUAUUGGAAAUUUGAAUAACAAACACAUCACCGCUGAUUAAGAACAGACUGCUGACACUAAAAGGUCUUUCUUUCUCACCAACACUAUUCAAAGUACUACUACAGAGCCCACCCUCCCCCAACCCAUCUCAAGAGGAUUGUCAAUCCAACACAAUUUGAACAGGAACGUUUGUUCCCCCUUUAUGCUGGAGGCUUCAAUGAGUUUGAGUGGACAGACUUCAGAAUGCAAGGAGGAGGACGAGGAAGAUGAGGAACUGUCUCACACACAUCAAGAAAUGUCAGAAAGGAAACACAAUAUGGCACCCUAACAAAUGACCAAUUAUACAUUUGUUGUUUCUUUUUUUAUGAUUUUUUUUGUUUUGUUUUGAUUUUUUUUCAUUUAGUUGUCUCCACAAUGAAACUCCAUGCAUUGGCUGGGAGAUCCAAAAAAAAAGAACAAGUAGUGGUAAAUGGUGAAAUUGGAUGUGCAAGUUGAAAAGAUCAUUACACAAAUUUCACGCCUCCAUAUCUGUGUAUUUUUCCACGUACCUCUCCUCCAAGUGCGUGGUCCCACCUGACCCAUAACCCCCCCACCGUACCACCACCACCACCACCACCACCCCUCCUGCAGCUCACUGCUGCCCAGGGUCCAGACUGUAACCACAGCCGCACACCCGCAUGUCGCCACACUCUGCCGCUUCAUUCGCUCAGCCCUGAGCCUCUUUUCAUUUCUGAUUGGCCAAUCGUGGUGACACCAUCUGAUGGUGUGACAUAUAUGCACUAAGUGGCUGGUCUUUGUUUACCUGUCAAAGUAUCAGGGCAUCCUGCCUGUCUGAGAAGUGAUAGCCAUGAGGCGAGUGCAAGCGAGUGAACAUAUGACAGUCAUAACACUAACUCUACAUGUGCUCGUUCGUCCCCUCACCUAUGCACUAUUAAUUUUUAAUAAGGGAUGAACAUUAUCGCACAUCCGUGGUCAGAUGAGCAAUCAGAGAAGUGAGUCGAGAUCGGCUGCCACUGCAGGUAUGUGGCUGUGAUGACAUUCAAGUCGAGGCCCGCAGCGCACACGCAGCGCACACACUCACAGACACGCACGCUUGCAUACAGCACACACAGACCAUUUUGUUCAGAAUAGUCUGUCACACAACCACUCAUUAUAUCAUCUUGUUAUUAUUCAUAGACAUGGAAUUUAAUUUACAGUAAUGCACACGCAGCAUCAGCUUCAUAUUAUUAGCUUUCAUUUUGUUUGUAGGUGUUUUCUUGCGAUUUCCUAUUUUUGCCAGAUUUGGUUUUGGUUUUGUCUCACUUGGAUUGUUUUAACCUUCUCUUGCAUGCCAUAACACCUUUUCUUUAGUUUGCAGUAGCACUUAAGUAUCAUGCACAAGUUCUUGCGAAACAGUAACAGCAGUUUCUCAAAUCUCUCACAUAUGGACAGCACAGUAACAGCAGCUCAUCACAUGCAUCCCUUGCAUUGCUUCACCCUGUAUCCCUUAGUCACACACACACACACACACACACACACACAUACAUGCGCACAUACACAAUAAAUCUAAAAUACACACCACCAACAACCUGACAUAAAAUAAUAAAGGGAAGCCUUUAUAUUUGGUUCUCCAAACUGCCUUUGUUAAUGGUUUUUCAUUUACUUAAGAUUUGUCUUUUUAAUUUGAGAUAUUUUUUCUAUGUAAAUGUUCACAUUGAAAUUGCUAUUGGUAUUACCUUCAUCAUGACACAAUCCAACAAAAGCCGACCUCACAAAAUAACUGGACUGCCUAGCUGUUGGUUCUAUUUUGCAGGGAUAGUAAACGGGGCUGAGGCCCUGUUCUCAGCGUCUCUAGUAACAUUAGCUCUAUGUACUAAAACCAUAUAUCAAGACUAUAACAAUAUAUAAAAGUGCCUCUGUAUUCCCUUCAUGCAAUUAGUAAUAAACUUGACUUCAGGUUCUCUUCCCACAUAUAAGCUAAAGCUACAGGGAAUGGUAGCGUUGGUGCAUGUGGAAACCAUUGGCCUAGGACAGAUCUUUAUAGAGGACUGCAAACUUUUUUUGUAAAGACAGAGAGAGAGAGAUCUUAUACAUAUAUAUUUAUGAUAUAUGCUCCUUUUUAACUUUUACUACAUGAGCUGGUUGGCAGUCUAGUUAUUUUCUGACACCCACCCUCCCUCCCAAAUAAAUAAGAAAAAAAAAACCAACCCAACCCCGUUCCAGUAACAUCACCUUACUGUUACCAGUACGGAUCAAACGACACAUGCCAUCGCCAUCUGCAGCGCAGCAUUAUAACACGUAGAUGAAAAUGUCAAAAAUCGACAGUAGGUUUGAAGAAAAAAAGUGUUUGUUUUUUUGAUGGAAAGUAUUAUUAUUGAAAAAUAUGUGUCGAUUGAGCCACGUGCAAUGCAUUGGGUAGAUCAUUGUGUUUGUCUGUUAGAGAUUUUUAAGAAAGCUACGAGAAAAGAGAAAAAAAAUGUAUUUGUUUCAAGUCCGUCAGCUCCGGGACUCUAAACUAGAGGGCCAUGAAAAAUCCUAGUCUUUGUAAGUUGGGGGUAUUUGUUUUUAUUUCCUUUGUCUCUUUUUUAAUGUUUUAUGUGUAAUCAGUUGUUUAUAAAAAUGUGGAAGGGGUGAAGGAAAAAAAAUUCUACACAACUUGAGAAGAAAAAAAUUCUCUAUCAUCAGAUAAAAACUGGUGCUUUAACACUAUAAAGUACAUUCAGAACUAUUGUAAAUGAAUGGUAAUGAACAAAAAUAACAGAACAUUUAGGAAACAGCAUUAUUCCUCUCUCUAUUUUUAUUCUUCUUCUAUUUGUAUUGAGUGGGGGGGAGAGGUUCCGAUUCCUUAAGGUUGUGACACAAAAGGCAUUUUGGUUCAACUUUUAGAAAAAGAAAACAAAUCAAACCUGUACUGUCAAGCCUAAGAAACUCUUCAGAUAACUUACCCAUGCACUGCCCAAAACUCACCAGCAAAAAAACAAAAUAUCCCUCCCAAUUUAACUGAUUUUUUUACCACAUAACAUGUUGGCAUGAAUACAUGACAAGGUCCUUCCUGUUCUGCGGGUGGUGCUUCACAUCCAGAAAUCUUUCAGUUCCCAUGAUCAUCUUGAUUUGUUUCUGAAUCUUGAGCUGGAUAAAAUUCAGCAGAUUGUGUUGAGACCCACAUGUGAUGGUUAGACCUUGUGUCUCCUGCACGGAUAGCAGAAAUAGAAAAGGGGCAAAAAUAUGAGGUCCAAACCAUUCAUGAAGCAGACAACAAGGUGAGCCUCUCCCCUGGUCCACCCCCCUCCUCUGUAAAUGACUCUUAUAGUGCUUGUGCUGUAGUGUAUAGUUUCCCAGCAGUUAAAGGUUGUCCCUUAAAAGUGCCUUUUGUUCACAGACUCCAUUUUGUAAUCCAGAUCGCCCCUUUUUUUCUGAAAUGGCUCAAGGUAGAAAGUUGCCCCUGAGCGCUGCAAGGAGGCAAAAGGUCGCCGCCCAUUCGGCGCUCUGGGACAACCUUCUCUUCCUCCGCCUUUGAAAUGAAUCCCUUCCAUUGUACCUCCCCUAUAUCCUCUCUUCCUUUUCAAAGCCGUAUAUAUAUAUAUAUAUAUAUACAUAUAUAUAUAUAGUACAAAAGGAAACUGGUGUGAAUUAGUUCUUUACUUUUUAUUGAUAAAUGAUGACAAAAAAAAUUUUUGAAAAGGCAAAAAAACUUGUUCUCGUUCAGCUCUUGCUUUUCUCUUCCCCUCUGUCUCCACUGUCUGUUUUCUCUUAGACACUGGAGUAGUCUGUAACUGUGUGUCCGUCACUCUCCGUCUCGCUCUCUCUCUCUCUCUCUCUCUCUCCUGCCCUCUCUGCUGUUGGGAGAGUGAAAAAAAAUUGCCGAAAAAGUUUUGUCUGAGCAGAAUGCAGUUAGCUCACAUGUUAUUCUUGUCUGUAUGCUUCACAUUGUAUUACCAUACCCAUCUUCUUCAGCUUCUCCAUUCAACAGCUAAUGUAAGUGAACAAAUUACGCUGACGGGCUUUUGGGGGUGUCCUUGGGUGGGUUAGGAAGGGAUGACAGGGGUUCAGGGGUUUGGGUUUACGGAGAAGAUUUAACGGGGUCAAGAGGGCUGGAUGAACUGCUUUGGGCUGUUGGAAAGGGGCUGCUUUGACUAGGAUAAGAGUUUGCUCUUUUGUUUUAGCUAUUUAUUUUUGGCUUUGUUUUAUCCACCCUCCUCCUUUUUUUUUUUUGUUUUCUUUUAAUUUGGAUUUCUUGUUAUGCUGUCAGGGUAUGCUGUCGUUUAGGCUCUCUUUGAGGAUGCCUUGGACUGUAAAUGAAAGCUACAAGCACCUUAUAACCGGACUUGUCCUGCACGAGGCUGAAAGAGGGGGGUUGCAUUUCCAGGACAUAUCCCACAUUCAUUCACACCAAUCUUUCAAAGUCAAGUAUUAUUGUUCGUGGUGGGCUUCACACAGUGAAACCCUCAGCAGUAUUAGCCAUUUACAACAUACCAACCAGAUCGAUUAAAAGCCAGCGUGAACCUGAUCUCUCACAUUUUUGAGGAUUCAGGGAAGUCCCUCCAUUUUCUCCUCUGACCACCUCAUGCUGGACUGUUCCGUGUCUUUGUUCUGUUGUUUAGUUUGUUCUUUAUCUUCUUAAGCGUGUAUGGUUAUUGGUGUAAUAGGCAGCACCUUAGGCCCCCUGACUCCCAGCUCUUUACGCCUCUGUCUACGCCCUCAGUGCAGCACCACUUCUUUGUGAGAACACCCCCAGAGCUCUAGGUGAAAUGCAUGUGUUAAUUACAGUUUCUUUUCCAUAAGAAGAAAAACACAGUUUGAGAAGAGCAGCACCUGAUUGAAUAAAAAGGAUGUUCUUGACUGUA